CAGCCUGCCCGCGCCGUAGUGCCGCACUCGAACGCCGCCCGCGGGACCGGACCCUGCGCCGCGGCUCGCCUCGCCGAAGACCGACGCCGGAAGGGAAAACGGCAGCUAGUGCGAUUGAGGAGGUGGCAUAACGACGGCGCAUCUGAUUCUGAUCUCGUACCGCUCCGAGGCCCCCGAACUCGGCCGGCCCCAAGCAUCCCCAUCUCCACCGAAGAAGGUCCGAAGCGUUCCGUCUCUGCGGCUUGGCAUCAAAGUUCCCGCGAGGAUGGCUGCUCCAGCGGUAGGCGCGCCGGCUCCGCUCGCAGGUUGUUCUCAGCUCCCGUGCCGCAGCCCGGCUCCGUUAUACCGCCGAAUGAGUCCUUCACUUCUCAAGGUCACCAAGCCACAGCCUGGUGGUCACCGAUUUGCUCCUGCCAAACUCCGGAAAUGUGCGGCUGUGUCUGACCAUGGACGUCAGCGGGGCAGCGAGUACCAGAUUGAUGAUGAUGAGCCGCUUUGGCUGGCAGUGCUCAGAGACCUCGCUGUGGGUUUGAAGGUAUUGGUAGCUUUCUUAGCUGAGCAGCCGAGGCAACUGAAGCACCUUGAGUGGCCGGGCCUUCAGAACACGCUGAAGACGGCUACACUUACCCUUGUACUGGUAGCUGUGUUUAUCGUUGCAUUGUCAACUGUCGAUGCUGCCCUUUGCUAUGUGCUGGCCUGGCUACUUCGAAAAUCUGCCUAGAAUAACGCAGGAAUAUCUGCCUAUUGCUUGAAUAUGAUUUAGCCGGGCAGGAUAGUAGCAGGCAAUGUAAAUGCAAGCUCUUGUUGCUGAAGGGGUCAGCAAUGUUAUGCAGACUGGAGUUAGUGGAAAGGUGGAUCUUGUCCCAGUGUACCAUGUUAUUUUGAGAGGAUUGAGAAAAUCAAAGCAGAUGCUCUGCAAUCGGUGCUGAUGUGAUGCAAAUGCUCAUUAUUGCAUUUGAAAGGGAGGUAUCUGGUUUCAGAAGUAAAAAAAAAUGAUAUUGUUCUCUGUGAAACAAGUAAAUAGGUUUAGUUAAAACUUGAGUUCUGAUUUAACACAGAAAGAGCACAUCUUGUAGAGAAUUGUGCGUGGUGAUUUGUAACUUCAUUUUGUGUUUGACAGACUUGCUUGUAACUUGCUGGUCCACCAGCUAGGAUCUGAAGUUUUUUUUUUUAUUCAGAUGUGUACUUUGUAGUGUUAACAAGCCUUUCAUUCUGAUUUCUCAUUAGUAUUGGGUUCGCAAGUCAUAAUAAAGAUUCAGGUCUAUUGUUGAGCUGCA